AUGGCUUCUACUACUAAGCGUGCUGAUUUCGAGGCUAUCUUCCCUUCGCUGGCCCAGGAUAUCCUGGCCCACGCGAAGAAGUACAACCUCCCAGCUAACGCCCUCGAGUGGUUCGAGAAGUCUCUGAACACCAAUGUUCCUGGCGGCAAGCUGAACCGCGGCCUCUCGGUCCCUGACACCGCUCUCGCCCUCCUGGAGAAGCCCCUGACCGACGAGCAAUUCGAGCAUUUGAGCAUCCUGGGCUGGCUCACUGAGCUACUCCAGGCCUUCUUCUUGGUUAGCGAUGAUCUUAUGGACAGCUCCAUCACUCGCCGCGGCUUGCCCUGCUGGUAUCGUAAUGAGGGUGUUGGUCUGAUUGCCAUCAACGAUGCCUUCAUGCUCGAGGGGUCCAUCUACCUCAUCCUCAAGCAGCGCUUCCGCUCCCACCCCGCCUACAUCGACAUCGUCGAGCUCUUCCACGAGGUCACCUGGCAAACCGAGCUUGGUCAGCUCUGCGAUUUGAUCACCGCUCCCGAGGACAAUGUUAACCUGGACAACUUCUCCAUGGAGAAGUACAUGUUCAUUGUCACCUACAAGACUGCCUACUACAGCUUCUACCUGCCGGUUGCUCUGGCCAUGCACUAUUUACAAGUCGCCACGGAGAGGAACCUCAAGCAGGCCCACGACAUCCUGAUCCCUCUCGGUCAGUACUUCCAGAUCCAGGACGACUACCUUGACAACUUCGGCGACCCCUCGGUCAUCGGCAAGAUUGGUACCGACAUCCAGGACAACAAGUGCUCGUGGCUGGUCAACCAGGCUAUCCAGCGCUGCACCGCCGAACAGCGCGCGGUUCUGGAUGCCUCCUACGGCCGCAAGGACAAGGAGGCGGAGCUCAAGGUGAAGAAGGUCUUCGACGAGCUCAAGCUUGAGCAGCUGUACAAGGAGUACGAAGAGACUGUUGUCAGCGAGCUGCGGGCUAAGAUUGCGGCUGUUGACGAGUCCAAGGGUCUCAAGAAGGAGGUUUUCGAGGCUUUCCUCGGCAAAAUCUACCAGCGGACCAAAUAG